AUGAAAAGAAAGAGAUUAAUAAGUAUAGUUCAAACAGCUCAAUGGAAAAAAGCUAUUCUUGAUGCACUUAAUCAUUGUCCAUUAAUUGAAUGUGGAAAAGACUUUUGUCAUGACAGAGGGUAUUAUAGAUUGAAAGAUAAUGAAACUACAGAAAAGAAAGAAGAAAUUUCUAAUCCACCAUUUCAUAUUUUACAUCAUAAAAAUUUAAAACAAAAUAUUAGUCAAGAACUUUAUAGUUGUUAUGAUGAUCUUCAAAGACAAUUAAGUUAUUCUGUUAAAGUUUUUAGUAAAUUGUAUAGUAAGUAUUUAAAAAAUUGUGAUACUAAACGAAGUGAUUUAGUUAGAGAUAUUUUAGAACGUCAGAAUCAAGUUUAUGAUUUGUUUGGUAAUUACAAAUCGCAGUUAUGUUCUUUUGAAUAG